AUGGAUGAAACCAAAAUCCUCUUCAUCCUCUCCUACCUCCGCAACGAGGCUGGCACAAGCUGCGCUGCCUCGAGAUGGGUGAUGAACUGGAAGCAGUGCAACUUGGAGAGCCUUAAUGGAGUAAAGGCUGGGGUCACCUCGGCGACCUUCUUGGAGGAGCUUCAGAGGGCUUUUGGGGACUCCAACAUGGAGCAAGUCACCGCUGCUCAACUCAUGGCCUUGCGUCAGAACAAACAAUCCUUCACAGAUUAUAUCUCUGACUUCGAGAUGUUGGCUGCGGAUGCAGGGUAUAAUGUGGUCACCACCACCAACAACAAGGGCGAGUACAAGAAGGGGGAUCAAGACAACAUCCUCAUGGAGUUCCUUGAACACGGACUCAGUAGCAAGAUCACCAGUCACCUCUACAACACUGGUGUCCCUCUGCCCAAGGUGUAUGGUGCCUUCAAGGACUGGUGUGUCAACAUAAAGGUGAACGCUCUGUGUGAUCAGCUGCGCAAAGCAUCGUAUGGGCACUCCACACCAUGA